ACACACACAGAGUGGGAAGCAGCCACAGCAGGGAUUUGAUCAUACAUGCUGGUUAACACACAUGCAGCUGAAGUGAACAGUGAUAAAAAGAUUGACCUUUGACCCCUUCUCUCAGGAAAAAGCAAGAUGACUGAAACCGUGCCGGACACUUUUAAAGACGUCAAAUACAAGCCUGGCUUACAGAUAUGGACUAUAAAUGAUAUGAAAAUGGUUCCUGUGUCAGAACAAGCUUUCGGGAAUUUCUUUGAAGGAGACUGCUACAUGGUUCUCAAUGGAGGGCCAGCAAAUGCUCGUUCCAUGGAUAUCCAUUACUGGAUAGGGAAUAGUUCCUCUCAGGACGAGCAGGGUGCUGCGGCCAUCUACGUGACGCAGAUGGACGAAUGUUUGGGUGGCAGCCCAGUGCAGCACCGUGAGGUCCAGGGCUAUGAAUCAGCCAAGUUUAAAGGUUACUUCAAAAAUGGCAUAAUAUAUAAAAAAGGAGGUGUGGGGUCAGGGUUCAAACACGUCGAGACCAACUUCUAUGACAUUUUGCGUCUGCUGCACGUCAAAGGCCGGAAGAACGUCACUGCUGUCGAGGUGGAUGUAUCAUGGAUGAGCUUCAACACUGGGGAUGUCUUUCUACUGGACAUGGGAAAAAAUAUUGUGCAGUGGAAUGGUCCUCAGAGUAACAGACAGGAGAGAUUAAAAGCAUGUCUGCUAGCUCAGAACAUUAGGGAUAGAGAGAGAGGGGGGCGAGCGCAGAUAGGGAUAAUAGAGGGGGAGAAAGAAGAAGACUCCCCUGAACUGAUGAAGGUCAUGAUAGCUGUGCUGGGCCAGAGGACUGGACCACUGAAAGAUGCUGUCCCUGACAACACACCAAACCAGUACCAGACUGCUAAUGUCAAACUUUACCAGGUAUCAGAUGUCAAUGAUAAGCUGGUAGUACAGGAGGUGGCCUCUAGUCCACUGACCCAAAACCUUCUGCAUUCUGAUGACUGCUACAUUGUAGAUGUAAGAGGUGUUUCUUUGAUCGUUUGGAAAGGAAAGAAGGCUAAUGUACAGGAGAGGCGUUCAGCCCUUCAACAAGCAGUGGGAUUUAUAAAAGCCAAAAACUAUCUGCCCACCACUAAUGUGGAAGUGAUCAAUGAAGGUGCAGAAUCUGUCAUGUUUAAACAACUUUUCGAGUCCUGGAAAGAGGCAGGCCAAACCCAGGGCCUGGGGAAAACCUACUCCAGGGGCAAGAUAGCCAAAGUAGACCAGGUGAAGUUUGACGUCAUGGAACUUCAUGCUGACCCUAAACUGGCUGCACAGGAGCGGAUGGUGGACGAUGGUUCUGGAGACCUACAGAUUUGGCGUGUAGAGCACCUGGAGCUUCAGGAGGUACCACCCAGUACUUAUGGGCAGUUUUAUGGAGGAGAUUGUUAUCUAGUGCUCUAUACCUACAACAGAUCCAACAAACCGCAGUACAUUCUCUACAUGUGGCUGGGUCGCCAUGCCACACAGGACGAGAUAACUGCAUGUGCUUACCAAGCAGUGAAUGUAGAUAACAAAUAUAAUGGAGCUCCUGUUCAGGUCAGGGUGACCAUGGGCAAAGAACCACGCCAUUUUCUGGCCAUGUUUAAGGGGAAACUCAUCAUCUAUGAGGGUGGGACGGGAAAACCGGGCGUGGUAAACCCUGAUUCUGGUGCCAGGCUUUUCCAGGUCAGAGGAACGAAUGAAAUGAAUACCAAGGCUACAGAGGUGCCAGCCAGAGCCUCUUCUCUCAACAGCAAUGAUGUCUUUCUUCUACAAACGAAAGACGUGGCGUACAUGUGGUAUGGAAAGGGCUGCAGUGGUGAUGAGCGUGAGAUGGGGAAGACAGUGGCUGAUGUACUUUCAAGGGAGGAAAAGCAGAUUGUGAUGGAAGGCCAAGAGCCGGCACAGUUCUGGGUGGCACUGGGUGGAAAAGCGCCAUACGCCAGUGACAAGAGGUUUGAGAAGGCGACGACAUUGCACAGUCCCCGCCUUUUUGAGUGUUCUAACCAGAGUGGGCAAUUCCGUAUGAACGAGGUGGCUCAUUUCACCCAGGAUGACUUGGAUGAAGAUGAUGUCAUGCUGCUGGACACUUGGGAUGAGAUUUUCCUGUGGAUUGGUAAUUCUGCUAACCAAUAUGAGAUCCAGGAGUCUCACAACAGUACAAUAGACUAUCUGAAGACCCAUCCAGCAGGUCGCGACCCUGAAACCCCCAUCAUCUCAGUGAAACAGGGCUACGAGCCACCUACUUUCACAGGAUGGUUCAAUGCUUGGGACACUCACAAGUGGAGUGGAGGAUUGUCAUAUGAAGAGAUGAAGAGUAAACUGUCUGCCUCAGGAUCGGUUACACAGAUCACUGUGAAUCUGAACAACACAGUCUUGAACAGGAAGUCAAGGGGUGGAGAUGUGCUCAACAGCGCCCCUGGUGGACCCAUCACUGAAAUCUUCUCUCAGAACCCUAAAUCCCCAAAUCCUCAACCCCCGACGAGCAGCGCUGCCCCGUGUGUCGAUAUGCCUCGUUUUAAAGCUCAAAACUCGGUCAAUUUGAGUCGUGAGCAGCUGAUCAAUAAGAGUGCCAGUGAGCUUCCUCAGGGAGUGGACCCCAGCAAACGAGAGGAGUAUCUGAGUGAUGCAGACUUUGAGAGUCUCCUCGGCUGCUCCAGAAAUGAUUUCCAACGCCUGCCAAAGUGGCGCCAGAGUGACCUGAAAAAGAAAGCUGGGCUUUUAUAAUUAAAAAACCCCAACAACCUCUUUUUCUUAAUGGGCAUAACUGGCGAUAAAAUACAAAGAAUACAUUAUAAACAUGCUCAAAAAUAUUACUGUGACAUCAAAUCAAUAUGAUUGAAACAAAUAUGGUGUAUCUUGAAUUUGUUCUUUGAAAAUUUGCUUGCAGAAAUGCCUUUUAUAUGCUUUUUAAUAGCUAUGAUGUAUUUAUGCCUGAGAAUAAAUGUUUGUUCUGUGUAAA